AUGGAAAAGAAGAAGGACAAGCCAGAUGCUGGAUUGAGAAGCCUCGAUCACUACUAUGUGAUGCUCCCACGAUGGAGAUACCUCCUCCGAGAACAACUCCUGCCCAUUGUGCGCUGGGAGACACCCUACGUGGCCUGGCUGCAGAAUAGUCUAAGAACACCAGCCCUCGACACCUACUUUGCCAUGUCUGCCAAUCUCGGGACACACACCUUCUUCAAUAUCAUGUUGCCCAUAUGGUUCUGGUGUGGAUACACAAGCCUCGGCAGGGGGAUUGUCCGUAUCCUCGCCAUGGGCGUGUUCUUCAGUGGCUUCAUCAAGGACCUGGUUUGUCUUCCCAGGCCACUGUCUCCUCCCUUGCAAAGAAUCACCAUGUCGGGCUCUGCCGCCCUAGAAUACGGGUUCCCUUCUACUCACUCCACCAACGCAGUCUCGGUGGCGGUGUAUGCCAUAUUCUUACUUAGGCACAGUGGUGAUGAAUUAAGCCCCAAUGUGAGGCUUCUAUUACACGUAUUUGCCUAUUUUUAUGCUUGCUCCAUCGUCCUUGGACGUCUCUAUUGCGGCAUGCAUGGGUUCUUUGAUGUUGUCAUUGGUAGCAUCUUGGGUGUUGUUGUGGGGUUAUUGCAAUGCUUUCUGGGACCUGUUUUCGAUGCUUGGUUCAUGGCUGGUGACUUCAAACGCGUCCUCAUUGUUGAGUCGAUCAUUUUGGCAAUGGUUCGCAUUCAUCCUGAGCCGGCUGAUGACUGCCCAUGUUUUGAUGAUAGUGUGGCUUUUGCGGGGGUCGUCAUGGGUGUAGAGUUCGGCGUCUGGCACUUUGCUAAGACACCAUACUCGUGGGCAGAGCCUUCACAGGGUACGGUCCCUUUUGAUCUUGGCACAAUGGGUUGGCCCAUCACCGUGGCACGCAUUGUCCUCGGGGUGUUCGUGAUUUUCACGUGGCGAGGUGUCAUGAAGCCACUCCUACUCAAAAUCCUGCCGCCGAUCUUCCGUGUCAUUGAACAUCUCGGUCUCGCACUUCCUCGAAGAUUCUUCAAACCGGCGUCCCAAUACAAAUUCAUUCCAAAAGAGGAGCACGGUGACAACGUGAUUCCAAACGCUCGCGAUAUCCCCCAUCUACUAAACUCCCUACGACGAAGAAGGGCCAUUUCAAUAGGCCCACAGUCGGAGGCGGACGCCUAUGAAACUCUGGCGUAUCGUGAAAAGAGAAGACGAGACAGCCUCAAUGCUAACAGUUCACCCAGCCCCAUCAAAGAGCCUUCACCCGAUCGCAGCUAUUAUCCAUCAGAAACUCUGAACCCGGAGACUGGCAAUCGAAAGAGAUCGAGCAGCCUUGAGAUGUUUCGAGCUCAGAUGGGCACGGGUGUGGAUACCUCGUCACAACCAAUGCUGUCACCAACUGAGCAAGGGGAAGCAGUGCAAGAAGUGGAUGAGCUACAAGAACGGCAGUUGUUUUUGAGCAUACAACGUCCUCGAGUGCGAUAUGAUGUUGAGGUGAUCACAAAGCUGAUUGUUUAUACGGGUAUUGCCUGGUGGUCGGUGGAGGGCAAUCCGAUUCUAUUCAAGCACAUUGGACUCGGAACCGAUUGA